AUGGCGCUCCCGCACACCGUGCCCCCGAUGGGGCGUGUGCGUACACCGGGCUUCGCGCACCACUCGCUCGCCUUCUCGCCCUUCUAUGACGGCAAGUUCGCCCUCGCGUCUGGCGCCAACUUCGGUCUCGUCGGUAAUGGGCGAGUCGAAAUCUGCUCGCUUGGAGGACCUGGUGGCGGUAUCACGAUAGAGCGUGGGUUCGAUACGCAGGACUCGGUCUAUGACGUUGCGUGGAACGAGGCGCAUGAGCAACCUGUUCUUUGCAAGCUGACUGCCAGAAACCAAGUCCUCGCGGCGUGUGGUAACGGCUCCAUCCGGCUGUUCGACAUUACUCUGCAAGGGCUGCCAGUGCAGGCCUGGCACGAGCACCACGCGGAGGUCGUGUGCGCCGACUGGAGCAACAUCGAGAAGCGCAUGUUCGCGACGGCGAGCUGGGACGGAGUGGCCAAGGUGGUGAAAGCUGACCCACAGUGGCUGACAGACCGAACGAUUGCGCUGGUGACCCUCCCCCGACUCCCGACACAGCUCUACGCCAGCUUGUGGUCUCCACACACGAACCAGCUCCUCACCGUCGGUCAAGACCCAACAGUACGCAUUUACGACAUCCGCAGUCCUCAGCAGGCGGUGCAGUCCUUCCUCGCAUGUCCCAUCCCGGGGGCGGACGUCCUCUCAGCAGACUGGAACAAGUACAAGCCCGGCCUGAUCGCGACGGCGGGCAAGGACCGGGUUGUGCGUGUCUGGGACUUGCGGAAUACGAACCAGCCCGUCGCCGAGCUGGGGCGGCAUGGCGGCGGGCACUCGCUCGCGGUGCGCAAGGUGCAGUGGAGCCCGCACCAUGCCGAUGUGCUCGCUUCUUGCGGAUACGAUAUGAGCACGCGGGUGUGGGACGCGCAGCAGCAGCGCGCGAUCGCUACCAUGGGAGACCACACCGAGUUCUGCAUGGCUCUCGGAUGGGCGCUGUUCGAGGAGGGCGUGCUCGCCACAGCAGGCUGGGACCAGUACGUCAACGUGUACAAGCCGCUGUGA